GGUAGAGAGGACCAGCAGAAAGGUUGUAAUGUAAAGCUCUCACAACCCACCCACCCACCUCCCCACAAAGGAGAUAAUGCACCCAAAGGCCAAAACUGAGAUAUGGUGUGAUUGUCACAAUGAUGAAGAAGUUAUUAUUAUGUAGCAACCAACCAAGUCACUUCUCGUCGUACUUAUUUGGUGGGGAAAUUUAUCACAACAAAAGAAACCACUCCCCACUUCAAUGAUACAUAAAUAUACCUCAUUAGCUAGCUAAUCAUAUUCUUUUAGCACUUAAGACUAGAAUGCUAACCUUAAAUUUUGCUAGUAUGAGAAGUACUAGCGAACCGGGGCUCUAUUCUCGUAGUCUUCUUGUAAAAUUUUAUCUAGACGCCUGAAUCAACCAGUUAGUUUUCGAGAUGAUUAUUGCCAUCUCCAAAACAAAGAAUUUUUUUUAUCAAUUACAUAAACAAUUGUUCUCUAUUCCUCUAUUAGGGACAAAACUAAAAUGAUUCUAAAAAUCCACAAAUUUACGUCAAAUAUAAUUUUUUGUAGUAAAAAAAAAACAUGUAAAUUGUGUUUGAUGAUUUUAGAGCGAGUAAUCUUCUAAACUGUUUAUCGAAAAAUUGAGACUAUCUCUUUGAAAAAAAUAAAAUUAGACGAUAUUAAAUCUUUUAAAAAACCAAUCGACCGGCCGCCCCCGGAAUAUUGGCUUCUUUUCUUGAAAGUGAAAACAACGAUUCAUUCCCUAAAUUGGUCCUCUAACUGCUGUUGUUGCAAGAAAUCGUCCUAAGGAAGUACUGAUUUUAGGGAAUGUUUACUACUCUUUGUCCAAUAAGUUCUUUAGCUCGCUCGUGUCACAUGAGGCACCACCAUCAACGUACUUUUUGUGUUGAACUAGUGGGUCUCAAAUUCCCAAACUGCUCUCUCCAAUUCUCUUCAUCCUUCAUUGCAUAUUGAAUGUGGAUUCCUACUUUUUUGGUUUAAGAACAAAACAGGGUACUGUACAGAUACAUGUGUUUCGCUAUUUGUAGGAAGUGGAUGCCAUUAUUGAGGCCACCAUCCAAGUAAUUUCGAUAAUCACCGUCAUUUGAACAUAAAUACCUUCUAUUAUAUGUCUAGUAAUCAGUGAUAGAGUCAGGAAUCUGAAUAAUAGGGGGCUAAAAAAUAUUUACGUUCAAAGGUUUGAACCAACGAGGGGGGCUAAAGUUUAACCACCUACUCUAUUAUUCAAAUUUGCUGUGAAAUUUACAUGUAAAUUUACAAAUUUUUGAGAGUUGAGGGGAGGCUAUAGCCUUUCCUGGCAACAACGUGGCUCUGCCCCUGCUAGUAAUACUAGUAUGUCCAAUGACUCUAUUCGUUAAAAGAUAGGAGCGUACUAUAAUUCAUAUGCAUACCUGAUCUUGAUUCAAUCAGCUUCAAACGUUAACCGUAUCAUAACCCGAUUAGGGUUUCAUUUGCUAUGCUAAUGACCUUGCAACAACUAUAUGAAAAUGAAAGGAAGAAAAGGAAAAAGGCAACACUUUCCUCUAUAUCAAGUGGGCUCUCACCAAUCACGUCACAUCUCCAUAACCAAAAAACAAUACCACCUUUAUAUCGAAUGGAAUGGGAAUUUCCAUGGCAACAACAAAGAGAACACGAUUUAGCUUAGCUUCCCACUCCUCCCCCGCCACCAAAAUGUCAUCCCCACUAACCACCGCCGCCGACGAGGUCCACUUCACCUCCCCCCGCCGCCUCUCCACCGACGCCGCCACCACCACUACCACCACAACUACCCACCACUCCUCCCCCUCCGUGGCCACACCUUCCCCUCCCAACCCAAUCAUCCACGUCCCCGUGGCGGCGCCGCCGAGCCCGGGUUCCCCGUGGUCGCUCUCCCCUCUCCGCACCAGCCCCUCCCCUUCCCUCCUCCACCACUGCAUCGCCUCCCUCCACCGCCACGAGGGCAACAUCUACUCCAUCGCCGUCGCCAAGGGCGUGGUGUUCACCGGCUCCGAGAGCAGCCGCAUCCGCGCGUGGCGCCACCCCGACUGCACCGAGCGUGGCUACGUCAAGUCCAGCUGCGGCCACGUACGCGCCGUCUUGGCCUACGGCAACGCGCUCUUCUCCGCCCACAAAGACCACAAGAUCAGGAUUUGGAACUUCACCCUCUCCUCCGACGGCUUCAAGAUCAAGAAGGUCGCCACUCUCCCCCGCACCAACUCGUCCCCAAUCAUGUUCCCCUUCCGCCGCUUCACCAUCUACAAUUCUUCCACCAAUCGAUUCAGGUACAACAGCAACGUCGCGCCACGUCACCAGCAGCACAGGGACAACGUCUCGUGUAUGGCGUACUACCACGCGGAAGGGCUGCUGUACACGGGCUCGCACGACCGGACCGUGAAGGUCUGGCGAGUCCACGACAGAAUGUGCGUGGACUCGUUCCAGGCCCACGACGAGGACGUCACGUCCGUUCUGGUCAACCAGGACGACGGGUGCGUCUUCAGCUCCUCGUCCGACGGGUCGGUCAAGGUGUGGCGCAGGGUCUACCUGCAGGACUCCCACACUCUGACCAUGACCCUCAGGUUCCAGCACUCCCCGGUCAACGCCCUGGCGUUGACCAGCUCCGUAUCCGGGUGCUUCCUGUACUCGGGCUCCUCCGACGGGACCAUCAACUUCUGGGAGAAGGAGAGGUUCUCCGGGAGGUUCAACCACUCCGGGUUCCUCCAGGGACACCGGUUCGCGGUGCUCUGCCUGGCUUCUGCGUCGGAGAGGCUCGUGUUCAGUGGGUCCGAGGACACGAGCAUUAGGGUUUGGAGGAGGGAAGGAGGAGGGAGCGGGUUUCACGAGUGUUUGGCCGUGUUGGAUGGUCAUAGAGGGCCAGUGAGGUGCUUGGCGGUUUGCUUGGAGAACGAGAGAGUUGGGAAUGGGUUCUUGGUGUAUAGUGCAGGGUUGGACCAGAGUUUCAAGGUGUGGAGGGUUAAGGUUUUGAUGGAGGAGGAUGAUCAUCAUCGUACUAAUAAUUAUAGUGGCGAGAAAUUAGGGAUGGGAUUAACGGAGUAUUGUCACAUUAGUGGAGAAGGGUUGAUGAAGAGGAGGAACAGCAAUGUGGAGAGUAUCAGCUGUAGUAGUAGUACUACUACUACAGUGGGUGAUUUGGUGUUGAGUCAUAGUAAUAGUAGCAAGGUGAUGGAGUACGAGAUUAGUCCUGUUCUAUCUCCUUCAUGGGUUGAGAAGAAGCUUAGAAAAGACAACUUUCUAUAGAUUGAUUAUUGUGUUCUAUAUAUACCAUGUAAUAUAUGUUCAUUGAUUAAAUAUUUCAUUGUUAAUUGUUUUUUUUAACCGCUAUUUAACUUAAUGCUUAUGGUUAAUUUGUUCGGGACGAGAAAAUUUCUGUAAAAAAUAACAAAAUUUAAACUCGUAAAUAUUCAAAACGAGUUAAUACGAGCACACACCUAUAUAUACCAGCGAUCACCUAACUAGAGGAAACGCUCAAAACUCAAUAGCGAGACAACAAGUCGAAAUUACUUGCUCAUUUAUCAUCAUGCAUUAUGUCCAAGAUUGAACGAUUAAGAUGAUUAUCGUUAAUCCUUAUAUAUGUGGAUGAGAAGUACAAAAAUGGAAGGAAAAUUAAGAAAGGAACGUAUAUGUUAGAUUGGUGUGUAGCCAUGAAGUAAUUUGCCACCUGCAGGACAUGUAUUUUUCGGGUGAAAACAUUAACUAGGGUUUGAGGACAUUCAUUGUGGCAAUUACUAGGAAAUUAAUGGGUGGUAGCUCAAAGGAGUUGGAAAAUAUAAUGUCGAUACUAUAAGUUCAAGUGGUCCGGUAGUUCCCUAAUCAAUUCAUUUUACAUUAUAUAUAUGCUGGCAGGUGGGUAGUUCUUUAAUAUGACAUCAAACACAAGGAUGGGAAAUGGAGUUUAUUUAUUUUGGGGCUUCUAGCUAGUUCUUCCGUUCUGAUCAUAGGCUUGAGCCAAUCUGAAAACUCUAAACUGGACACUAAAUUGUGCUUCAUGUAAGAAAAUGAGGAGCGACUU